AUGCCAGUUAGAAACAAAAUUCCAAUUUCCGCCCAGGAAAGUAUCCGCGCGGAGUUGUCGCUAGGAGAGGAGGUAGUGACGAUCCGGCGCAACGCACCGGCCGCACUACUGUACGAAGACGCUCUUCAUGAGUCGCGUACUACGAUCGCCAGCUCCGGCGCGCUCAUCGCGUUUUCCGGUAACAAGACUGGGAGAUCGCCUCGCGACAAGCGGAUCGUCGACGAGCCUUCGUCCAGAAACCACAUUUGGUGGGGCCCUGUCAAUCGCAAGUGCUCCGAAAAGACUUGGCUCGUCAAUCGGGAACGAGCCGCGGACUUCCUUCGGACACGUGACCAUUUGUACAUCGUCGAUGCCUAUGCUGGUUGGGACCCACGGUAUCGCAUCAAGAUCCGUGUUGUAUGUGCGCGCGCGUACCAUGCACUAUUCAUGACCAACAUGUUGAUCCGGCCUACAGCAGAGGAACUGCAAAAUUUCGGAGAACCCGAUUUUACGGUGUGGAAUGCUGGCCAGUUCCCUGCCAACACGCACACUGACGGUAUGACCUCGAAAACCACCAUCGAAAUCAAUUUCGCAAAGAUGGAAAUGGUAAUUCUGGGCACCGAAUAUGCUGGAGAAAUGAAAAAGGGCAUUUUCACCGUGAUGUUCUAUUUGAUGCCCAUCAAGCACAAUGUCUUGACCUUGCAUUCUUCGGCAAAUCAAGGAAUCCAAGACGAAGACGUGACUUUGUUUUUUGGACUAAGCGGCACGGGAAAAACCACUUUGUCUGCAGACCCUGCUCGCCGCUUGAUCGGGGAUGACGAACACUGUUGGUCCGAUCACGGUGUCUUCAAUAUCGAGGGCGGUUGUUAUGCCAAAUGUGUCGGUCUUUCGGAAGCCAAAGAACCUGAAAUAUUCCAUGCCAUCAAAUUUGGAUCCAUCUUGGAAAACGUGGCGUACGAUCCUCUUACUCGGGAAGUUGAUUAUGAAGAUUGUGAGAUUACUGAGAACACCCGUUGCGCCUACCCAAUCGAAUUUAUUCCAAGCGCCAAGAUUCCGUGUUUGGCUAACGAGCACCCCAAAAAUAUUGUUUUGUUGACAUGCGAUGCAUCUGGAGUCUUGCCACCUGUAUCAAAGCUUACCCCCGCUCAGGUCAUGUACCAUUUCAUCAGUGGGUACACUUCAAAAGUUGCUGGCACUGAAGAAGGCGUCACGGAACCCGAGGCCACAUUUUCAUCUUGUUUCGGUCAACCAUUUUUGGCUCUUCAUCCACUAAAAUAUGCCACAAUGUUGGCAGAAAAAAUGCAACAACACAGCGCCGAUGCUUGGUUGCUCAAUACCGGUUGGACUGGCGCCAGUUUUGUCGCAGGCGGCAAGCGGUGUCCACUCAAGUGCACGCGGGCAAUUCUCGAUGCCAUCCACGAUGGUUCCCUGGCUAAAGCGAAGUACGAAACUUUAACCACUUUCAAUCUGCAAGUUCCGUGUCACAUUAACAAUGUUCCUGAUCAACUAUUAAACCCGGCCAGAAAUUGGGCAGACGGUGAAGCCCAUUACCAGAAGGCUGUUCGGUCACUAGGUAAACUGUUUGUUACCAACUUCAAGAAGUAUGCGGAUCAAGCUACGACUGAAGUUCUCAGCGCAGGUCCCUUGAUGUAA